UUUCAUAGCACAUUUUAAUAACGGAUAUUACAAAAAAAUUGCAAUAUUUACAGCUGAAACUUCUUCCUAAAGUUUUAUUUGAUAGUUUUUAUUACAUUAAUAAAAAGUUUAUAAUAUAUAACAAGUGAAAUUGGAUUUUUUCACCUAUGUGAGAAAAUUGCUCGUAUACAGGUAAACGAGCGAGCCUAUUCGCAGACAACAGCUGAUGAACGCAACAGGCGACAAUAACAACAAAACAAAACAAUAACAAGUUUCCCACAAUUUAAGCAGAUAAAAAAAUACAAAGUUAUGGCUUUUAAACAUAAAUUGUGAUGAAAUACCAUGAAGGGAAUUAGUGGCUCAGUAUAUAUACGUAUAUACAGAGUUAGUGGCUGCACAAGUGUGUUCCAGUAUACAGCGCAGUAAUUUAGUUUUAGCGGCAUUAAAAGCUAAAAAAUAAUGCUUCGUACGUUUAAAAACUUAUUUAAAACUGACGCUGGUGCAACUGAAGAAGAUGCAGAAGCAGAAUUGAAGCAAGUAUGGCCAAAACGAGAUUCUGUAUUGAUAUAUGCCAACUUCGGUAAGGAAUUGCUGCUGAAAUGUGCUGAUGUGCUCAAACCCGAUGCAAAGCAAAUAAGUAUCGAAAGUUUUAUGGAAACAUCGACAAAAUUUCCAAUAAAGUUCGGUACGGAUACGUGUCGUGUAAUGAGUCAGCCGGCGGAACGUUAUGCGGAAAUCACUAAGCAAAUUGCAUCUGCCUAUCCCGUAAUACAUGAGCGUGUGCUGCAUUUGUAUUUAGCUUUUUUGGAGCACAAAACUAAAUACGGUACAGAUAUAGAACGCGAAUUGUACAAUGGCAUGACGCUAACAGCUUUGGUGCAGCGAUUGCUGGAGAAGCGUUGUGUCUCCUUUGUGGGACCGCUGGAUCAUUAUUUUUUGAUAAGCGGUGAGACAGGUUUGGGUAAUUUUUAUAAUGUAGGCACGUCGAAAGAGGAAGCGCCAUUUCUCCUGAAAGAUGUGCUAAGCUAUGAUGAAAUGAAACUUUCAGCUUUCCUAUCUGUUUCGUCAUACACGGAAUUCCUCAACGAUGGCAAUCGCAGAAACGCUGGCGUAAUCGAAGUGGAUAAAUCCAAAAUAGAACGGGUUGGUGUUAUAGUUGGCAUUAUUGGUGCACGCUUUCAAGCACGCGAAGCUAUGGACUGGCAGGACGUAAUGGUGAGCAAAGAGCAAAAUAUCAAAAAACACGGUUACGGUUAUACAGCUCAAGAAGCUAUAAGUACCACGAAUCCUGCUGUUAAUUAUCGCAAAUUGUGGACAAGUUUCUACGAGCAGCAAGAUUUGCUAUAUGAAAAUAUAAGUGGUAAAAAUAGGACACGUUUCUACAAAAUACCAAACACUAUGUAUAUUUUCGAUAAUUUGAUGAUGAAAAAACGCUACACUGUAUCUUUUGAUACACUCUUGUUGGAGGCUAAUGCGCGUGGCGCUACUGCUGGCAUACAAGUGUAUUUACAUGUGGUUGGCAUUGGAUUAGGCGCCUGGCGCGCGGUCAUGCAUCAGGAUACAAUUUUUCUUGAAACCUUUGGCGAACGUUUGCAAGAACUAUUACCCUGUUUGGGACAUAUUAGUGUGGUACAUUUUUCUUAUUUUAACAUGACGGCAUGGGCGAAUCUUAAAAAUGGUGGUGUAUUAGCUUCGGAGUCGCACCCAGCUGGUGGCAUAAAGAUAUUCCUUAGCAAUAGGAACCCAGCGCAAAAAUUGGAAACUGAAUUUGAAAAUAUGCUUGUGGUGGAAUCUUAUGCUUGGGAUGGAAAUGCGUUGCCUGGAAACGAAUUUUGGCAUGGUUCUCUAAUAACUUCCGGCGAUCCAGCAGCCGCCUGCAGCACACUCAUCACUGAACUACACAAUCCACAUAUCAACACAAAAAUGGUGAAUGGUGAAAAUUUGCAUGUAGCAUCAGAUCGUUAUGGUGUUUUACAUAUUGCAGACUUUGCCAAAAAAGUGCUCCUCUAAGUUAUUUAUUAAUUAGUGAAAAUUUUAUGACAAUAUGCAAUUGUUGAUGUAUUGCUUUUAUGUGUGUGAUUAAAAUAAAAUGUAUUUUUCUAAUAUAUGUAUAUAUAUACGUUUAAAUAUAUACUGUUUGAUUAAUAUAAAUAAUGUUAAAUACAAUUAAAGUGUGUUUUAUUAAAAAAUAUAUGCUUACUGCGAAGCAAAAAUUUAAAACUGGUGUUCUCAUGUCAUGUAUUGAAUUAUGUAUGUAUAUUGAUUAUGUAUACUAAUAAAAAUAAAGUCGUUUUGAAGAAAAAAUUGUACACUUUUUUCUACGAAUUUUUGUAUUAUCACUAAUAAAAAUGUUAAUUAAAAUAACAAAAAAAUGUAAGUAUUCAUUGAAAGAAAAAAACAAGUUUUAGUUGGCAACGCGGGCGCUCGUCCAGCUGAUUAUUUGUUUACAUUUGGGCUUGCAAAUAAAAUUUGCUUUUAUUUGGAAAUAAGAAUAAACACUGGAAGCACAAUUACAUCAGGAAUAAAAUUACAUUAUGUGUAUACGCUACUAAAAAUAUAUAAAAAUUAUAUGUAUACAUUUUUCAAUUGGGCGUAGGAAUUCAAAUCAAUUUGCUGCGGGCUAGAAAGAACUACAUAGUCAUAGAUACUUACUAACUCUCAUAGAUACAUAUGUACAUAUGGAGAUAUAAAAUAAACAUCAUAUUCAACGGAAAUUUUCACUUUUAAAACAUACACACUCGGUGGUAUGUGCUACAACGCAAUUUUUUUAGA